AUGGAUCAAUCCAACUCUUGUAAUCGCGACCCUUAUUCGCCGUAUACAAAUGACUAUGUGGCUGUGGAUUACGGAAAUAUUUUUAAUUCCAUUCAAAACUUGCCUGUAAGUGUAAACAAUGAAGGUAGAGAGAGUAAUUACAAUUUGGGGUCUCCUGAUGGUGAAACGAUACUGGACAUAUCUGGUUGCGAAGAUCAACCCAUACAGGAUUUAACAAAAUUGUUGAAGGAAUGGAAACAAGAAUUUCUUUUGGAGCAUUUUGUUCAACAAAAAGUAUUUGUCGAUGUGUUGAAGGUUAUUAAAUCUCAUCACCUUGAACGCCUUUUGAAAGAUUUCGAAAUUGGAAUACAAAUUGUUUUCGAACACAAUUUAGAACAGUGGAGACAGUCCAUGGGAGCACCAUUACUUUAUAGUGGAAAUACUUCAACACUAACUUCACCAUUAUCCCCAACUUCAUCGUGUAGUUCCUCCAGGGCGUCAUCACCCGCUCACGACUCGCGUGUAACACCCUACUGCAAAGAACAACCGGACAGUCAACCAAAUAUACCUUUAUCGACUAUAUUAUAUGAAACAACUAAAGGUGUUAUGCUUACUGACUUUUAUAAUAAGUUUUCGAAACUACAAGAAGAACAGCGUACAAUAUUAAUAACUUUAGUCGCACAAUUUCAUGAAGAUAAAGGCAUAGCGAUGACCCUUGCAGGAAGUUACAGAUUGGAACGAGAAAUUUUGGAAAGAUUUCCAACUGAGAGACUGGAAUACUAUCGUUCGAAUAAACGAGGACGAAUAUAUAAUAAAUUCUGUAAUUUGAAGAAGUCUGUGGGAACUGCAAUUGGAAAAUAUGUAUCAAACACCAAAUCCAAAAACCAGCCUGAAAAGAAGUACAGAUUAGAAAAAAACUUUGAGCCAGAAACUGACGGCGAAGCCUGCCUUAGAGCCUUGAAGUACGACAAUUUAUCAAGUGAGCAAAUUGAUAGCACUUGGAAAGCUUGCAGCCAGUAUCGGCUGCAUGACAUAAAAACUUUUGGGGAUACUGGUGCAAUAAUCGAUAAAUGGUCGUUGUAUAAAAGUCCUUCGGGCUUUCGACUGAUCGACAUGGACUUCACGGUAGCCUUCUCUAAUGGAGAGGGUCUACUAGACAACUGGGAGAAAUGUUACGAUAAAAUCUUGACAUUUUUAUUCACGGAUAGUAAUUUAAAAGACAAAAACUUAAAACUAAUUUUGGAAGAAAUAAGAAAAAACGGCAGCUUGUCUGAAAAUUCAAGAACAGCAUCACUUUUGUGGGCUCUGCAUGGGUACUUUGUGCCCACAAAUAAAUCGGUCAAGAAAGACGAGACUGGAAAGAACCAAACAAUAAAAUUUACAAUCAAAGAUUCCCAGGAAUCUUUCCUGUUCUUAGGGAAGUCCUUCCAAGAGGUGGAGGACCACUUGAAUCAUUUAGGGCAGAGAAUGGUCAGCAUUCAGCCGUUUGUAUAUUGUAUAGGGGAUGAUAUACUUUCAAUCACGGACAUUUUCAUUUAUUUUGAUAACAUACGAUAUAAAUUUUUUAGUGUGUUACGGGCGAUUCCCCUUCCUUGGAAAUCUGAAUUGAAAAGCUGGAUGGGGAAAAUCGUGGUUGUUGAUUUUCGAUUGCUUCAAGUUCAGGAAGCGCACAUUCGUGUUGCUCAACAAUAG